GGUGACAGCCUAUCAAUGAUUUACCCACUUUGGGCGUGCAGUCCGCUGAACUCACACAUCAAACUACAGAACUGGUUGCUUCAGAUGGCUGUACUACCUCCACUCAGAACCGUUAGCGUGCUGGUUGUCCAUCUUCUCCUAACAUCCUUUUGUAGAGGUCAGUUUAAGCUAAUUGGUCCAACUCAGCCAGUAGUGGCAAGAGUCAGCGAUGACAUCAUCUUGCCAUGUCAUUUAGAACCUGCAGUGGAUGUUGGAGCCAAGACACUGGAGUGGACGAGACCUGACCUGAAACCUAGAUUUGUCUUUGUGUGGCGUGCUGGCCAGGACCAUGUAAAUGUAAAAAAUCCAUCCUAUGAGGGAAGAACAUCACUGUUGAUUGGUGAACUGAAGCAUGGAAACAUUUCACUGAAACUGUCCAAAGUGAAAACUUCGGAUGAGGGAAGAUACAAAUGCUACAUUCCAGAAAUGAAAAUUGAUUCUACUGUUGAGCUUGUUGUUGUGGCUGUGUCCUCACCUGUCAUCAGUCUCUCGGGGAUUGAUCAAAACAGUGGACGUGUUGUUCUACAGUGUAACUCUACCGGCUGGUAUCCAGAACCUGAGGUGUUCUGGCUGGACGGUGAGGGAAACCUCCUCUCUGCUGGACCUACAGAGACAGUCAGAGGUCCUGAUGACCUCUAUACUGUCAGCAGCAGAGUGACUGUGGAGAAGAGACACAGCAACAGCUUCACCUGUAGAGUCCAACAGAACCACAUCAACCAGAUCAGAGAGACACAGAUACAUGUUCCAGAUUCUUUCUUUGAUCAGUCCAAUUUUUUUACUAUCCUUGGUUUGGCUGUUGUUUUGGCUUUUAUUUUGGCUCUCAGCAUCCUGCUUUCUUUACUUUGUGUGAGGAGAAGAAAAAAAAACAAGACUGAGAAUAGUCACAGCGAUGAAACUGAUCAAGGACAGAAUAACCACUCUAGAGGUGCCAAAGGUGAAGAACAGAUUUCAGCUGAAGAAAGGCAGACAAUGAUGCAGGAAUCAGUGCAAAUGCAGGACCCUCCAGUCCAGUCUACUUCAGUCUCGUCUGCUCCAGUCCAGUCUUCAUGCUUCUCGAUCAAAUGGCCGUUAGUUACCAGGCAGAGGUUCAAGGAGGAGAAGCAGAAGUUAAAGGAGGAGCAGCAGGAGUUAAAGGAGGAGCAGCAGAAGUUAAAGGCGGAGCAGCAGAAGUUAAAGGCGGAGCAGCAGAGGAGGGAGAAAGCUGAGAACAAAAUUCAGAUCAUGGAGAAGGAGCUGCAGAAGUCAAAGAAGGAAAAGCAGAAGUUAAAGAAAGAACAGCAAACGUUAAAGGAGGAGCUGCAGAAGUUAAAGGACGAGCAGCAGAAGUUAGAGAAGGAGCAGCAGAAGUUAAAGAAGGAGCAGCAGAAGUCAGAGAAGGAGCAGCAGAAGUCAGAGAAGGAGCAGCAGAAGUCAGAGAAGGAGCAGCAGAAGUCAGAGAAGGAGCAGCAGAAUUUCAAGGAGGAGCUCAAGGAGAAGACCAGGGAGUUCCAGGCGGAGAAGGAGAAAGAUGUGGUAGCUGAAAAGGAGUAAAGCAGCUAAAAGAGGAGCUGGAGACCAAGCAGAGUUUCUGGUAGCAGGACAACAUCAGCUGUGACAUUUAAGAGCCAUGAGGAAACGUCUUCCAUCCAUAAUGCCAUACCACAUAUUUUGCUCAUCUGGAAUUAACAAAAUAAGACCAUGUUUUAUUUGUGGAGAAAAAGCCUGUACUAAUGUCCAGUUUCAUUUAUCUUGUCUAUUUUUAUAACACUAGUGUAUAUAUAUGUAUAUUUAACUUAAAGAAUGCUCUUCACUGUUUGGGCAAAAUAUGUUAAAAUCUCAAAUAUUGAACUUAUAAAGAGUCACUAAGUACUUUUAUUUUAUCAUUUUGCUUGAUUAUAAAUUAAUAUUAAAACUUCUUGUCAACUAGUGAGCAAAAGUAACUAUGUCACAGUUGUCAUCUGGAUGGACUUUACAGUUCACUAACUUCUUUAUUCUUUUAUAAAUCCAAAGACUUGACAGGAAAGAUGAUUUUUGUUAUUCUAUUUAUGUUUUGUAUUGUUUGAAAAUGAAUUGAUACCAUUUAGCAAUUUUUUUCUAUAUUAAAAGACAAAUGUCAUAAAUACAUGUUCCCAAAUAAAUGUACUUUUACAGUAUAUAU